AUGAAUUCUCGCGAGCAUUCCGAUAUGCCUCCGGCUCCUUCCUAUCCGUCCCCCAACGCGGCGCAGAUCGGUCAGGGCGCUAUGCAGUACUACACAAACCGCCAACUAACUGCCGACGAACUCCUAUCCGCCGAGCUUUCGCGCGAAACCUCCGGCCCCGGUCUUGCCGAUGGAUCCAGCAACGGCGUUCAUCAUGGCCAGUCGAUGGUUUUGGGCGCGUCCAAUCCAGCUGGCGGGGAUAUGGGUCGCCCUUCGUCGCCUGAUCAGCAUCAACAACAGCACAUGCUGCAAUUCACCCCGAGUCAACAAGUGGGCGUCGAUCCGAAUCACGACUUGAGCUAUGGGGAUCAGAGUGCAAGGAGGAAAAGAUCGAAGAUCUCUCGCGCGUGCGAUGAGUGCCGGCGCAAAAAGGUCCGUUGCGAUGCCAGCUCUGAAACGGGCGUGGAAACAUGCUCGAACUGUCGCCGUCUCGGAGUUGUCUGCCAAUUCAGUCGCGUCCCCAUGAAACGUGGCCCAAGCAAAGGUUACAUCAAGGAAUUGGCGGAACGACUGCACACUCUCGAAAACCAGAUGCAACCUGCUAUGGUUCAUCCGGACAUGCCAUACCAGGGUAUGAACGAGGUGUCUUCCCCCAAGGGCUACCAGGAUUUUUCGCCUCCAAUGGAUAGCGGCGGAAUCGGUCGCAAAAGAACCUACUCCGUAUUUGAAGGACUUCCUAGCUCUUCAUUUACCCAACCGCCAUUCAACACUCGGUCGCAGAAUGCAUUCGGCGAAACCGCAGCGGAUCCCAUCAACGCAUCGGUUGUCAGCGGCUCAGCACCCAAACCCGGCAAUCUUUUCUGGUCGACUGGCAAUGAGAACGAACUGCCCGCCGGUAUUGAGAUGACCGAUAUACCCAAACAAGCGAUGGAGGAGGAUAUGACACCCUUGGACUUGGACGUCGGGGCGAUCGACGCGUAUUAUUCAAGAAUCCACCCUGUCUUCCCCAUCUUGCCGCACUCGAAGGAACGGUUGCUCGAAAUUCUCCACCAAUGCAGUCGCGAAGUGCAGGAGAUCUUUAUUUACAGCCUCUACACCGCCACGCGCACGAAUUUUGAUCGAGUAUUCGGCACUUUCGAGAGAGUCACCUCGUUCGACAAUGCGCAGGACCUUCUUCUGUACUACACUCGCCAACCGGCCAUUGUUCGUCCGACCGGGAUCAACCUCAUCUGGCUUCAGACAAUGCUGCUUAUGAUUCUCGACUGUGACUGGAGAGGUCCCGACAACUUUGUUCUGAAGGAUGGUGUACCAAAACAUUCCCUGAUCCAGUCCGCGAAUAAGCUCGCUUCGGACAUGGCCAAGGGUCUUGGUCAACUAAAGACCAAACGCUCGUCAGACCCCGACGUCGACUCGGAAGCGAACCUCGUUCGUCGCAACUGGGUGGCACUGGGUAUACUAUCUCGCUGGUACGCGGUUAGCGUAGCUGACCAAAGCGCUCUGGGAAUGUAUGAGAUGGGUGGUCGGGAAGACGAGCGGGUUGUUGGGCGCGUUACCACUGGCAUUGGCUCUUAUUCGACCUUCUUGAUUGAGUUGGUCACAUUGGCCUCUCUGGAACACAAUAUCUGCCAAACGAACACUGGCAUCGGACGCAUGGUCGGGGCCAAUUUGGCAUCAUCGCUUGAGCGUCUAACAGAGAUUGAGGAUCUGCGUUCAAUUCACGAAGUCACCGAUGAAUCCGAAUCUCAGACGUUUAUCGACAGUUUGCAAAAUCAACUGUACUGGACCAUUCGGCUGCUGAUCAAGCGACACAUCUUCGUCUACAGCCCCUACGAAAUCAUCUAUAGCGCCCAAGAAGUGGUCAACGAGUUGCACAAGGCCAGCACGCAGGCUCGCAUCACAACGCCCUUCGAUCUUCACAGCCUGGCUUUAGCUUCCAUGACCCUUUUGGAAUCCACUGUCCUUCCUGAAUACGCCAACGAGUGCUGGGAUUCGCUCAGAAAGGUCGAAGAGAUUCUUGACUCCCGGGAAAAACAAAGCACCGACGCGGCCGAGUUCGGCGAUAUCUUCACCACUCCCGGCUGGGACGCCAAGAUCCGUAUCUUCCUCGAAUGGCGACGAACCAAGGCCCAAGAAAGCCAACUCCACGACCCCAGUCUCAACAAAAGCGGCUCCGUCGGUCCCCCGGUCAUGGGUCCGAAUGAACAACGCUCGCUUCAACAUCUGGCAGAUCUUGCCGUUGGCGCGGAAGGCUCCGUGGCUGCCACCUCGGGCUCUCCACCACCGCCUGCGCUCUCGACCGAGAACAAUCUCAACGCUGCCACUUCCCCCAACCUCGGCUCUGUCUCGCAACCGCCCAGUCGUGUUGUCGUUGAUUAUACUCUUCUCACCAAGGAAGGCUAUCUCAAUGUGUUCUCCGGCCUGAUCUACCGUCGGUCUCGCUGA